AUGGCGAAGACAAAUGAGCAACAAUUGGAGGAAACAAUAAGUAGUUUAGAGCUUGAUAAAACAUAUAAAGAUUUCUUUGCAAAUGAUGGAAAAUCUAAAAAUUUUGAUAGUAAGUGUACUGUGUUCGAUGGAGGCAGUAAAAAAAAUCCAAAAGCCAGAGAACUUUGUAGUAAUCUCGUAUAUUAUUUAGAAAAAAUACGUGAAAUGAGUACGCAACAAGAAUCUAAUAAAUAUUGUGGUUAUUUACCUUAUUGGUUAUAUGAUAAAAUAGGUAAAAUUCAUAGCCCACCGACGACCAAAAUUGAUAAGGUAUCUUUUUAUGAAGAUCUUAUUAAGGCAGGGAAUGAGAUUAGCGGUGGAAAAUUAAAACAUGCUUGUACUGUACCAAAAUUAAAAGAUGUUGAUUUGAAUGAAUUAAAAAAAAGAAAAAUUUCGUAUAUUUAUUUUAAAAAUCUUGAAAAUAUUUACAAUAUUAGUAAUUCCAAAAAUAAAGAUAACUGUGCCAAGUAUUUAAAAUAUCUUGAGAGUUUUAAGAUCUCUUGUCUGGGCUGCAAAACUGUAAAGACGGAAAAGAUCCUUAUCCAAAACUUCAGGUUGCCGCUGCAUCGAGAACUGUUAGCAGUGGAACAGGAGCUGCAGCGGGACCAACAGGUGCAAGAGGUUCACCUGAACAAACAGGUCUAA